AUGUGGUUACAAUUAGUUUUGUCCUGUCCGAUGAACUUAAAGCAUUAUCCUUUCGACAAACAAUCCUGCCGUAUUCGUGUCAGUAGCUGGUCUUAUGAUAUGAAUGCUCUCGUCUUACGUUGGCACGACGAAUGUGUAACUUUCUUAGAAAGUGUAGAGCUUCCUGAACAUUUUCUUGACAAAGAUGACGUCAUUUGCAAGUCAUUUAAUUCAACGUACGAAACAACUGGGGAUUUCAGCGGACUAGUUGCUCACCUCCGGUUUCGAAGAGAAAUUCCCUAUUAUCUUAUGGAAGUAUAUUUGCCUAUAAGCUUACUAGUGAUAGGAUCUUGGCUUUCAUUCUGGUUAGACGUAUACGCUGUACCAGCCAGAACUGCUCUGGGAAUUACCACAAUCUUGACGAUUAUUACCAGUUCCAGGGGAAUAAAAGAAUCAAUUCCGAGAGUGUCAUACGUGAAGGCAGUCGACGUAUGGAUCGAGACAUGCACGUGGCUCGUAUUCUGUGCCUUACUUGAGUUCCCAUUUGUUAAUUUCAUUGCUCGCAAAGGUAAAGAAAAUGAUGCCUUAGCGAACGCAGCAGCCCAGAAUAACGCGAGAUUGCCAGCGUCCAACAAACUAUUUCAAGUUGUCCGACAACCGUUAGCAACGAACAAGGUUUCAGCUGCUAUUUCCAAUGGUCCUUGUGUUCGCCAAUUCGGUAAUAGGGAUGGCGAAAAUUUGCAAACUGAAGAAUUUCCCGAUGCAUCUUUCUGCAAAAUCAAGCUAACAGAACAUACUGCCAAAUCCGUGGAUCGAGUUUGCAGAUUCUUAUUUCCCUGUGCUUUCGUCAUAUUCAAUCUGAUAUACUGGUUCUCUUGGGCUCCAUGA